CUCCUACGAAAGGAACUUUGAGACAUUGUGACACUUCCGGGUUUUCGAGGCGUGGUUUAAAUAUCGGAUUUGAUAACAUCGUUUUUUGGUAAGAAAGCAAUAAAAUUGCAAAGCAUAGCUUCCUAUCCGGCCACCCGGUUAACGCAGAGAAAUAGAAUGAGCACAUCAGCAACCUUCGAAAAUCUAGAGGAGUUCCAGGAAGCAGCUACCUCAGUGAGGAACGAUGCCACAGACGAUGCCUUCGUAAUAGUGGGUCAUGUGAACAACAAUCCUGCACAGGUUGCUGUCGUAAAAGUGGGUCAGAAUGUAGAAGACAUCGCUGACAACUUGGACAAUUCCCAGGUCAUGUACAUCCUGGCACGAUAUGAAAGCUCAUUUGAUAUGUCAAAGACAGUGAAGUUUGUGUACUUCAGAUGGUUGGGAGAGGAAGUUCCUUUCACAAAGAAGGGCAAGUUUGGAGUGGUCCAUGGGAGUAUUCAGGAGAAAUUCAACCCGUACCACCUCUUUAUAGAGACGGGCUCUGUGGAUGACUUCAAAAUAGAGAAAAUCCAGCAACAGCUUGAAGAAAACACAGGCAAAAAAUCAAAAGUACUUGAGUCCACACAAGGGCAUCAAAUGAGGGGAUUUACGCAAACCCAGCUUCCAGACAGAGGGAGGGCUGCAAAAUCUGGUCCACAGAUCUCGAGUGAGGGAGCCUCGAUCCAAAUCGAUCCGCAGGUUGUGGACGCAAUAUCCCUUGUUCGGAGUGACGAGAGUCCUGUUAGUUGGGUAGUCGCAGAAUACCAGGAUGGCAACCCCAAAGGUCCAUUGGUGCUCACUGGCCAUGGUGAAGGGGACAGCCAGGACAUCUCCGCGGCGCUAGCAGACGACAAGCCCAUGUACGCCCUCUACAGGGCAACAGACAUGGUGGACGAUAUCACCACAGUGAAGUUUGUGUACAUUAUUUGGGUAGGCAACUCAGUUAAACCAAUGACAAAGGCAAAGAUAUCCACCCACAAAGGCACAUUAGAGGCUGCCUUUGGACCCUUCCAUGUGACAAUAUUUGCAACAGAUGCAUCAGAUAUUUCAGAGAAGAUAAUUAUGGAAAAGGUUUCUUCAGCCUCUGGUACAAAGUCUAACGUCAAGUGAAGCCGUGUUGUCAAGCAUAUAUCAGGUUCCCUAACUAACAAUCAAAUAUCUAAAGCAUUAUCUAAGCGCCUUUGAACGUUCACUCUUGCAUGAAAAGGGCGCUAUAUAAAUCCGGUAUAAUAAUAAUAAUAAUAAUUAUCUUAGAUGGGCCUUAGCCAAGUUGUGGGAGAACUGGGCUCAAUGCAUGUCGGUAAAGUGUCGUCCCAGAGUAGCCUAUGCAGUUGUUUUUAUGGAAUUUUGUGUUAAAAAAAGUCCUUUCUAAACAAAAAUCAAGUUUACUUGGGAAGUGAUAUCACUGAUUUACCUGUGCGGAUCUGCACAGGAUCUUGGACGACAAUGUAUGCACAUGCAUUUAUGCUAGUUUUUUCAAAACUUGUUAUGGUCGUUCCUGCAUUUGUUCAUGUGAACUAAGAUUUGUUACUUAUUCCUUGUUACUGAUAAAAGACAAUUUGAUGUUACAAUACAUUUUUAAAACAUAAUGCAAUAAAAGUGUGUAUCUUUAUGGGUUUUUUUAUCAAGAAGAAUCUCAUUUGAUUUUUGUUAAAGUUUAAUGAUGAUAACCGCACAGUUUUAAAUAGUGUAUUGAACGUUCUUAUUUAUCUAUACAUUAUUCUUUGCUGAUCUGGUUAUAUGCGAAAUACUUUUUCUUCAGUUGCCUUUUACACAUAAUCAUUGUAUCUGAAAUCAUGCCAGUAAACAGUUCCUUCUUGUCGCAUACACUUCUUUUAAUGUGCAAUAGAGAAAUGGACUUAUGCUAUAUUACUUGGUCUCGUCUAGUUUUCAUGAAAGCAAUUUAAUGGUUUUGAGUGCAAGUUAGUGUUUUUUUGAAGGUAAUACAAUCUGCAGUGUCAUACAAAUAAAUUAGCUAUUUGGUAUCUUGUAAAAAAAAUAAGCUUGCAAUGUCUUUUUGCUAUAUUUUUAAGCUUGCAAUGUCUUCUUGCUAUAUUUUUAAGCUUGCAAUGUCUUCUUGCUAUGUUUUUGUAGAUGAGCCUGGUUCGCAGAAAAUUGUACUUCAUGCAUGUGUGUAAAGUGUCGUCUCAGAUUAGCCUGUGCAGUUUGCACAGGUUAAUCAGGGACAACACUUUCUGCCCUAAACUGGAUUUUUAUGUCCCCCACUAUAGUAGUGGGGGACAUAUUGUUUUUGCCCUGUCUGUCUGUUGGUCUGUUGGUCCGUUGGUCUGUCUGUCUGUUUGCGCCAACUUUAACAUUUUGCAAUAACUUUUGCUAUAUUAAAGAUAGCAACUUCAUAUUUGGCAUGCAUAUGUAUCUCAUGAAGCUGCACAUUUUGAGUGGUGAAAGGUCAAGGUCAUCCUUCAAGGUCAGAGGUCAAAUAUAUGUGGCCAAAAUCGCUCAUUUUAUGAAUACUUUUGCAAUAUUGAAGAUAGCAACUUGAUAUUUGGCAUGCAUGUGUAUCUUAUGGAGCUGCACAUUUUGAGGGGUGAAAGGUCAAGGUCAUCCUUCAAGGUCAGAGGUCAAAUAUAUGUGGCCCAAAUCGCUUAUUUUAUAAAUACUUUUGCAAUAUUGAAGAUAGCAACUUGAUAUUUGGCAUGCAUGUGCAUCUCAUGGAGCUGCACAUUUUGAGUGGUGAAAGGUCAAGGUCAUUCUUCAAGGUCAGAGGUUAAAUAUAUGUGGCCCAAAUCGCUUAUUUUAUUAAUUCUUUUGCAAUAUUUAAGAUAGCAACUUGAUAUUUGGCAUGCAUGUGUAUCUCAUGGAGCUGCACAUUUUGAGUGGUGAAAGGUCAAGGUCAUCCUUCACAAGGUCAAGGUCAUCCUUCAAGGUCAAACAUCAUAUAGGGGGACAUUGUGUUUCACAAACGCAUCUUGUUGUUUAUAAGAGACUUCCUUUAAACGAAAGGAAGUAUGUAAAAGCUGAAAGUGUAAUCCCUUAUUAGCCUGUGCAGACUCCACAGGCUAAUCUGGGACUACACUUUACGCACAUGCAUUAAGCCCAGUUUUCCCAUAACUAGACUCGUACGAUAUUACAGCUCACAUCAGUAAAAGAACAUAAAAAUAAUGUGAACACCAAUACAUGCAAUGUAUUCAUUGGGACCAAUUACGUCAGAUGGCAGAAAGUGUUUUAAACUUUCACUGUAUUAUCCAAGCAUUCCAAUUUUUGACCAGUAUUUAUCUGUUUCAUUUGGACCACAGUUUUUAUCGAUAAAAAAAACACAUAUUUUCCUAACAUUACAAAAUUGUAGGCUAGUUUAUAUACCAGUACUGUUGGUUGUAUAGGAUCUGUGUAACUUCUUCCUUUUUUUGUAGAAAUUGUUAAUAAUUAAUUGAAAUGAUCUGUAUAUAUGCUAGUAUAUUGUUUUUAUGUAUACAUUAAUGUGAUGGCAAUUACAUAUUAUUCUGAUAAUUUGUAUGUCUUAAUAAUGUGUUGUAAAGCUCUUCUUUGUGUCUUAAUUGGCAGUUACAUUUUUAUAAUAUGCAAUUUAUUUUUCAUAUUGAUAAACUAUCGUUACUUUGAAUUCAAAUAAAGAAGUAGAUGAUUUUUGUAGGUUUCUGUAGAUAAUAGACUUUAAUUUAUGAGUGAUCAGGGAAAUAUUUAUCUUUUAUGAUCACAAGUGAAUAACAAUUGAUAGUCUACCGAAUAACAACAAAUUUUCAUUUUAUUAAUGCAUUUUCCACCGUUUAUGUACAUUCAAAAUAGUUAAACUUAAGAAUUACCCUGGAAUAAUAACAUCACAAUAUAAUAAUAAUUGGGUUUUACAGUUAAACAGUGAAAUUCUCAAUAACUUUCACUUUUAUUUUUAACUGUUAGUCACUGUGAACUAUUGUUUUUAAAUCACUGAUAUUUCCUAUAACUCAUAGAGAAGCAUUACAUAAAAAAGGUCCCUGUUUUUAUUUGAGCUGAACUUCCAUGAUCUUGAAGUCAGCAAUUAUAUAUCAUAGCCAAAUAGGGACAUAUCCCGUAACAGAAUUCAUGAGUACAGGUUGAAGAGAUUAUUAAAUAUAAAUAAACUGGCAGUUCUGUAUACCUUGGCAUAGAUCUUUUAACAUUCUCGUUAAUACAAUAUAUGCGCGUGAAUAAUAAUUUGGCAUAACAAAGUACUUUGACUUUUCUAUUUUACCAGUAAUAUGGUUAUAGUACCGGGAAAUAAUCAUAAAGAAAGGCAGUCAGUGCAAUUGUUUACCACUUCAUCACCUCGGGACAGGCCGGCUUUUUGUUGAAUAAGUUCCUAUAAACCUUCACCACUUAGAUAUGUAUUUUCAUGCAUUUGUAGUCCCAUAGAAAGUUAUAUUUUAUUAAAAACCUUUCUUACUAGAUAAAAGUUUUUAAGGCUUCAUCUCCAAACCUUAGAUACUGAUGAGCAGCAAACAGCUUAAAACCUGAACAGACUGCGAGUUACUCGCAGGCUGUUCUUGUUUUAUGCUGUUUGCGCAUAGCCAUAUUUGCUUUGCUUCUAAGUGGGACAGGUAUAAGGGCUUAAGUACAUCCAGCUACAAAAUCACAUACCUUCAAUGUAAUUUUCAAAAAUUGUUUGAGUGAAUAAGUGGAUUAAGAACAUCAUGACCAAAUAAAACAAAGGAUUGUGAUGUUAUAUGUGGAAAAAUGGCAUAAUAUUUGUAAAGAUAUAUCAAAAAUAAUAUCAGUAUUAUAAAGUUUGGUAUAUAUUUAUGUGUGUCUGUUUGUUAAGUCUUUAAUUCAGAUUUUCUCCAAAUGCUGUAUUUUCAAGCUAGACCACUAAUGUUUGAAUAUGUUAAGUGUGCACAGUCCCUUAUCAACACUCUGUUUGAUAAUUUAUAUAAGGUGCAUAGUAGUUUGGUGUCAUCUAGUCAUUUUUAAGUAACAAAUUUAACCAAAUUAUACAUUCAUAUUUCUGAUAUCAUUGAACUCAAAAGAACAGAGUAUAAUUAACCCAUUUAUGCCUAGUGGACUCUCCCAUCCUUCUAAAUUGGAUCAAUUUAUUUCCAAAAUUAGGGAUUUCUAGUAUAUUCAUUUCUAUAUUUAGAAUAUUUCUUACAGAAAUUCCUUUAAGCAAACAGUGUAGACCCUGAUGAGACACAUCAUGCUGCGUCUCAAUUGGGUCUACGCUGUUUGCCAAGGCCUUUUAUCUAGAUGCUAGACAUAAAUUGGUUAAUAUCCUAUUAUAUUUUAUUUUCAAUAUACCACAUAUUUCUGUGUGCCAUUAUGAAAUUAUUUUAACUGAAAAUGUAUACCAUACAAGUAAAGUGCAAUGGUUAAAUGUAUUAGUUAAAUUGUAUUACACCUAGUUCUCGUCAUAUUUCAAUUUUGUAAGUAUGUUGUUGAGUGAAGCAUUAUUUUCAACUAGUAGAUUCACUGAAGGCAUUUGAUUGUAUGCAUUUGAUGAUACAGGUGAAAUUUUAAUUUUGUAUGUCGGUCAAUUUACAAUAUUUUUGGGCAUAAAAUAAACAAAUGUUUUAUCAAAAGAUGUCUGCAUGUAACUUACGGUAUUGCUGUAGUCUAGCUUUUAGAUCCUCGAUUUUUCAUGAAAUAAACAGCUUAUGUAAAAGCUUAUAUAUUGCUUUUGUGUACUCAAGUGCUUCGAAUGAUUGUAGUACUUCCUAGUUAUACACUGACUUUUUUGUAUAGUUUCUUAUUUUUAUAUUGUCUAGAUAUUAAAUGCCAAUAAAAUGAGGAAGUGUU